GUAAACAUGUGGCAGUCUUGUUUGGCUUGAAGCUUGAAGUUCGUUCAUUCCGCAUUACGAUCAUCAUCUUCAAUCACUGCAGCCAAGAUGUUUAACGCACCGCGGCCAGCACAACGAUAUGCUUCCACGCCUGUCAACGGGCUUGGAGGCAGUUUCGUAGACGAAAAUCCGCUGGCCGCCUCAAUUUACGACGAUCCGUGGAGCACUGCACCCUCACCUUCCCCGCAGCCCAUACCAAGUGGGACAUCUGCUCUUAGCUCUGUACUAGCGGAAGCGACCAUCCCGGAUUCAUAUAACAGGGCAUUUGCAGUCGUGGAUGGAACACACUCCGGAGAGACGUCCGUAAAUGCUCUGUCUCGUGUCUUGUCGACGUCUGGAUUGCCUGCGACGACUGUGGAUAAAAUCGUGAACCUCGUAAGCUCUCGACCAAAAGUGUCCAAGCUGGAGUUCUUCGUAGCACUUGCAUUAUUGGCGCUUGCUCAGUCCGGCAAAGAUAUUAGCGUGGAACAAGUCGCCGCCCUCGCUGCAGAAAACAGUUUACCCGAACCCUUUCUCAACCUUGAUACCUUACAACCGAGCACGUCAGCUUUCUCUACUCCCUACACGACCUACAGACAGGCCACUCUGGACCCGUGGAGCGUACCUCGAUUAGCAAGUAAUGGGGGAGGGCCUGACUUCGCUACCCCUCGCAGUGCAACGACGAUCAAUGGCGGAGCCGCCUCUAGUUUGGCGGGGUCGGGGCUUCCGAAGGAGUGGUGGAAUAAACAAGAAUCUGUGGAGGUGACUAUCCAAGGGCAGCAGGGGUUCAUCUUGAAUCGGUAUACGGUGUAUGAGAUUAUCACUGAAAACGGUACACCUGUUCAUCGCCGGUAUUCGGAGUUUGCGUUUUUGUGGGACUGCUUGGUUCGACGAUACCCUUUCCGUCUCUUACCCGCCCUUCCGCCAAAGCGCGUGCAGCCCGAUGCUGCGUUUAUUGAGCAACGAAGGAAAGGCCUUGCGAGGUUUCUGAACGCUGUAAUAAACCAUCCGGUGAUCAAGGAGGACGGUCUCCUUGCGACGUUCCUUUCGGAAUCUUCCUUCGAGAACUGGCGGAAGCACACCGCCGUGUCGCUAGAGGAAGAAUCUGCAAGCAAGCGAAUUGAUAGGAUAGAAGAAAUUACAGUCCCAAGUGACCUCGAAGAGAAGCUUAUUUUCGUGCGGGGAAAGAUCAAUCCGUUGAUAGAGCAGUGGCAGAGAAUAUGCGUGUUAGCAGAGCGCAUAAUAAAGAGACGCGAAUCAGCUGCGGUACGGAUCCCUUCAAGUCUCAGGCGCACCUAUUUACCGGCUCACUUCACAUUCCCUUUCUUCUCCUCCCAUCAUUCUCCUCUCGAUGAUCAUGAUCAUGUAUCUGGACCCGCUUCGUCGACGACGUCGUUGGUUUCCGGGUCUUUUUCAAUGCUGUCCUCACGCACCACGAAUUCCGAUGACUUCGAAUCGGAUGAUCAGGCAGAUCUAGCGCGGCUGACAAAUGUGCUGAGAGCCGUCGUUGAGGUGAACGAACGGUGUUGGAGGGGAGAUGAGUGCGAGUUGUGUGACGGCGUGCGACAGGGGAUUAGACAUGUUGCUUCCCAUACACAACAGCAGUCUGAUUUACUGGAACGACGAACGAAUGUAUUGCUCUACUCAACAUUGGAGGCGCUGAAAAGUCAGCGAGAUCUGUAUAUUACCAUGCGAGAUCUUUUCGUCCGUCACGACCGUCUGUCUGUCGACAAUGUCGACCGGUUGAAGAAACGAGUUGACUUGAAUUCGAUGAAACUCGAGGGGAUCAAGGCUGCUCAGAAGGACGGCUGGCAAGAGGACGCUGAUCGGGUUGUUGUUCUCAUAGAGAAAGACCAAGCGACUAUCUCUACACUCAUGAACCGAAGAGUGUUUAUUCGUGCUUCGAUGUGGCAUGAGCUUCGUGUGGUGCUGCACAAUAGGGAGAAUGCUUUGCUCAGCCAGUUGGUGCAAAAUCUCGCUCGUGACGAGCAGGCUUUCGCCGACAAUGCGCUUGCUAAUUGGGUAUCUCUUGGAAAUGUUGUCGAGGGGAUGCCAUAUGAGUAGGAAUAUGAUUACUUAGUAUGUUGUGGAUAUAUCCUGAAGCUCUACGUAGCUGGUAUGAUAAUGUGACGAGACGACUUUGUGAUAUCGAUUAGACGCUGGGGUAUGUACGUAUA